GAGGAUGCCGGAAACCGGGAAAUGAUUUGUAACGCGAGGAAAGCGAAACAAAAAAAAAAGUUAAACAGAGUUAAACAACAACAACAACAACAACGGAGUGAUCCACUUCACACACAUGUGUGUUCGCGACAUGUGAUGACGCGUGUGUCUCAUGUAAGGAACCAAACGAAGCUGGACGGGAAUGAUUUCUAUUAAUGCCCCGUAAAGCCUCAAAGACUGGGAAGCCUCCAUUGCUGUUUCUGGAGCGACCACUGAACGGAGCCAGACUCCAGAAUGUGCCCGAUGUGCGAGCAGCUCUUCAACCCAAAGAGUUCUUCACAGAGACUCAAGCACACAGCAGCUCCACUCUUAAUUCAUGGGUAAGCCCACAAUUUGACACCUCACUCGCAGCUGCACUUCCAGCAAGAAGAGGGAGGAGGAAAUGUCAGUCUACCACAAGCAUCCUUGACCGUAGCAGUCAGCUGUCCAGGAAAACCAGUGUGUGCAAGUUCCCCUCAUUAUCGUUCCAGACAAGGUCAAGAGACCAUCAACCGAAGAGCACACGCGCAAAGAAAGCCACAGAGUCGGCUGUUGUGUCUGAUGCAGGAAAUCAGCCACAUGGAUCAUGCCGAAUCAAAAAGGCAGUUUCAAGUGCACAGCACAUAGACACACCAAAGAGACAGUGUGCCUCAAUAAGGACAAAGAAAGUGGAGAGAGUUUCUGAUGGUGCAGCAUCCACUAGCAGAUGUGUUGACUCAGCUGAAGCCUCAUCUGUUCGAGGGGAGAGAUGCACAAUUCAAGCAGACGCUGCUUCAACACCUGCCGCCGCUGAGUUUAGCAGCAUCGGUCCAGCACCUGAUGUGGACACUCCAAAACUAAUACAAGAAGGGAGCAGUUGUCCCUAUUCCCCCUCCAUACACUUGCUACAGGCUCAUUCACCGCCAAGUAAUCAGCCACCUGACAUUUUGGUGGCUAACACACCAGAGGAGGAUUAUGGUUUGAAGGUGACAUGGAGGAAGAGGAAGGGUCUGAUGCUGCUGUUAAAAGAGCGAGGUCAUCUCUCUGAUUCACAUGUGUUCAUUCACAGCUGAUGUUUAGGUUUGGUGAGAAGAGAAUCAGGCAAUAAUGUCAACGGAGAAGAAACACCUGUAAUCCACUGGACAACUUCUGUGAUCAGAAUUCUCUAUGAAGCAUUUUACUGAACUGAAUUGAGCUUCUGCCUCAUAAAAUGCUUGUCCCACAGGACGUUACUGACUGUUUUCUAUUUAUUUUGAUUCAAUUAAAUGAAAAGCCAAGGAGGUAAUGAAAUAACCGCCUCACCCAUCCUGUCUGUAUAAGAGUGAAAUCAAAUGCCUAAUAAAUCAGAUUAUAGGUCUAAUUACUGCAGUAUCCACGGAGCAAGCUUUUCUUCUGAGAAUAUGUUUACAUAGAUUCCACUUAUACUGAUAAUGUUGCAAAUCGAAAGCAAGCCUUGUUUUCAAAUUGCUACCUCGAGCAGAAGAACCCCUGUUAAUAGUUAUUUAAAUACUUCCCCAUUUAAAUAACAAUAUACGUAUCAAGGCUAUGCCUGCAUGAUCUAUAACUGACAUCGCCUUAGCUUUGUCAAUGACAUGCAGUCGUAGUUUUGAUAAGAGCGAGUGCUGCGGAGGGAUUACGUCAAAUAAACAUCAUGCGUUACAACAGAAGAGACGUGGAGUAAAUAUAAGUGUACAGAGAAAGAUGAGGAUUUUUGGUAAGGGGGCAGCAGGUAGCUUUUAUGCGUUUGUAAAAAUGAAACGUACAAGCAAAAUACACUGUUGAAUAAAAAAACUCGAGGCUGUCAUGCUUUUAAGAAACCAGACUCCUGCAGGUCCUACAGAGCUGCAUGUUGCCAUGGUUGCC